CAUAUCAUUCCGCGACGAGCGCUCGAACCGACUGGUCGAAGUUUAGUGCGCGUUCCUUCGUUUUGGCUGUUUGCGUCCAUCAUCGCGUCGAAAAUCGGCGGAAAGCCUGGUCGGAAAAGAGGAAAAGAAACGGCGAAAAAUAAUACCGCGCGUUGUUCGGUUUUCGGUUCGGUCUUCUGGAAUAAGACUCACCCUAAUGUGAAGAGAUCGCGUUUGUGACUUGCGAGAAGAGUUUACUGGUAGUGGUAGAUGUGGGGGCGGAAAGACGAGAGGAGGGACGGUCGAAUCGCAGCAGCCUGGCAAAAGCGACGACGACGACUACAGAGGCAGUCAGUGAGAGAACGUCAGCCCAAGUGUAAAGUCGUGCGGUUUUCUGUGGUGGAGAUUCGGAAGUGCCCUCUGCUGGGUGGCGGAGCCUCUCGGUGCACAGAAUAUUGUGCGUAAUGUGUCGUGUGCUAAAUCGCAGUAAAUUUCUCGAGUGAAAAAGUGUGGAAGAAAAAAAAUCAGUGGUUGAAAAUUUUGCGUUCGAUCGGCGGCGGUCGCUGCUUUUGCUGCCGCGGAGUGGUUCCAGAAUCUGGAGUGUGUUACCGGUGCCCAGGUGGGGCCGCGAAGAUCGAAAAUAGAUCACCCGGAGGAGGAAUAUCGAACGACGACGACGACGAUGUCUGAUAAAGUGUCGAUAUCGCCAUCCAAAAGUCGGAGGCAAUUACGCGAGCGGAAACAACGGAAGCUCUACUCGGACGAAUGGGCCCUCGGCGACGAUGACUACGAGGGGGCGCGCGGAUUCAGCGUUGCCGAGAAGCUGGAAUCGGCCCGUUUUGCGCAGUCCGGGAUGGUGCGCGAGAUGAAAGGGACCGAUCUCACCGUCGGUUUCCUCCAGCAGUACGGCUUCAACAUUCCCCUGCUGUUCAAGGAGAAGACCGGCCUCGGACUGCAGGUGCCCUCGGCCAACUUCACCAUCAACGAUGUGCGGAUGUGCGUCGGAUCGCGCCGCGUCCUGGACGUGAUGGACGUCAACACGCAGAAAAACGUCGAAAUGACCAUGAAGGAGUGGGAACGGUACUACGAAGAUACCAACAAGAAGAAGCUGCUGAAUGUGAUUUCGCUGGAGUUCUCGCACACAAAGCUGGAAAACUACGUGCAGAGCCCGAACAUUGUGCGCCAGAUCGACUGGGUCGAUGUGGUGUGGCCGAAACAGUUGAAAGAAUCGCAGGUCGAGGGGACCAAUGUGCUAAACGAAAUGAUGUACCCCAAAGUGCAAAAGUAUUGUUUGAUGUCAGUGAAAAAUUGCUACACGGAUUUCCACGUGGAUUUCGGUGGGACGUCAGUGUGGUACCAUAUUCUCAAAGGUAGCAAAGUGUUUUGGUUGAUCCCACCAACGGAGAAGAAUUUACAGUUGUACGAAAAGUGGGUCCUGUCCGGCAAGCAGUCGGAUGUGUUUUUCGGUGAUACGGUAGAAAAGUGCGCGAGGGUUUACCUGACGGCAGGUAAUACGUUCUUCAUUCCAACUGGCUGGAUUCACGCCGUCUAUACACCGACUGAUUCUUUAGUAUUCGGAGGAAACUUCCUCCACUCGUUUGGAAUAGUGAAGCAGCUGAAGAUCGCCCAAGUCGAAGACAACACCAAGGUACCGCAAAAGUUCCGGUAUCCGUUCUUCACAGAAAUGCUUUGGUACGUGUUGGCGAAGUAUGUCUACACUUUGCUGGGGCACUCUCAUCUGGAAGGUGAACCAGGCCGGGAGACCGAACUUGCCGGGAAACCGCAUGUGCAUUUAACUCACUACGAACUGUUCGGACUGAAGGAAAUUGUAAUGUACUUGUACGAUCUACCACCGCAAAAGAAGAACGUCCCGGAUCUGAUCAAGGAUCCUGUGGCUCUCAUCAAAGACGUGCGCACUCUGGUCGAACGUCACUGUAAGGACAAUCCAGAGCAGGCAAUCACCGGAGUACCCGUACUCCAUCCAGAUCUCAACAAGAGCAAUAAUUCGUACCUGCGAGAGCGCUACGAAUACUACGCCGGAGAAAGUGGAACCAAAACGCCACUUUCGCACGAAGAAGAAGGAGAAGGCUCCCAAGCGAGUCUAGAGGAAAACACCCAAGAUAUGAUGCCAUCACACCCUCAACCAACGGAAAGGUUAGCCCCUCCAAUGGAAAGUUCUUCCACCAUCCAACAGGUUCCAGUCGGACAGGAAGAUCACGUCAAUACCAACGGAACGGUGAUGGCCGCUCCGCCCAGUCAACAGCAGCAGCACGACGAUGAUCGUAAUUUCGUCUCGCCGCAACCAACCCGUCCGGGAGGCGGUGCAAUACGUGGCCCCUACAAGAAGAGCAGUGGCAACGCUAGCAGUGGCGGCGGAAGAUCUAGUGCGGAGAAACGCGAUGGCAAUGGACCGAGGCGGAGAAGAACUCGGUGCAAGAACUGUGAAGCCUGUCAACGGUCGGAUUGUGGCGAGUGCAGCUUUUGCUUAGACAUGGUAAAGUUUGGUGGACCGGGCCGAGCCAAGCAGACCUGUAUGAUGCGUCAGUGUCUGCAGCCGAUGCUUCCGGUGACGGCCCAGUGUAUCCAUUGUCACCUGGAUGGUUGGCGGCAAGCGCCCAUAACGGCACCAGCACAAGCGAAACUACAAGCACAAAUGCAGGAAGGACCGUCCUCCUUGAUGGAGUGUUCGGUUUGCUACGAAAUCACCCAUCCGGAUUGCGCCCAGCGGUUGGCGCCGGAGAUUAACGGCAUCGUGAAUGAAGAUUUGCCGAACAGUUGGGAGUGUCCCAGCUGCUGCAAGUCCGGCAAGAAUACGGAUUAUCGGCCCCGCCACUUCCGAGCGCGCCAGAAAUCCUCGGACAUUCGCCGGAUGUCGGUCAGCAGCGAUGCAUCUUCGGUUCACAAUGCCGACCUGGGCCGGAUAGGUGGUCCAUCGGUGAUCCAGCAGGCCGUGAGUAGCAGCGUCACCUCAGGCGGCGUCCACGGCACUGGACCGGGAGAUAUGGCCGGUAGGAGUCCGGUUGUGGUUCCACGGUUCCAGAACGAUAUGCUGUAUGAUUUUGCCGUUUCUGGGAAUGCGGUGAUUGUCGGUGGUAAUGGGGGUAAUAUAUUGCUGGAGCGGAAGCCGAAAAUUAAAGACGAGGACGUUUCGAGUGGAUCGGAGCAAGAUCACGGUCAGAAAAUGGGUAUGAUGAUGCCGGCAAAUGUUCCAGUAAAGAUGGAAAUCAAAGAAGAACCGAUGGAAGCUGGCCACAGCAGUGGUUUGAAGAGAGACGGCGAAGGAGGAAUGGGAGCGCACCCAGUGGGCGGUAUGGUAGUACCGAAAAGGCGGAAGAGUGAUGACGGGAACAGUAUGUGUAGCAGUAUGCAGGAUUCGGUGGACAUCAGUGAACACAAUCACAGUCUCCCGAGGAAGAAGUCAUCGCUGAGGACCCAACUGGCACAUCAGAUCCAUAGCUCAUCGACGAAAACUAUGAAGAAACCGUUGUAUCCGGUGAGGCCGGCCCAUGUCCACACACCGGUCCUGUCACAACCCGGGAACUAUGCAUUGGACCCGACCUGUUUACUGGCAGUAUUCCGCUAUUUGCCACCCGAAACAUUGGUGACGUGUUCGCUGGUGUGCAAAACCUGGUCCAACAUUUCGGUGGAUCCCGCACUGUGGAAACGCAUGAACUGCGCUGAGUACAAACUUACUGCUAGUCUACUGACGGCGAUUGUUCGUCGUCAACCCGAGCACCUGAUCAUGGAUUGGAUCAGUCUGGGAAAGCGCCAGGUAACUUGGCUGAUUUCACGAAUCCCCGGAUUGAAGCAUUUAUCCCUCCAGGGAACACCGAUCCAAGCGAUUUUGGGUCUCCACACCUGUAUGUGUCCUCCUUUGCAAAUUCUCGAUCUCAGCUUCGUAGCCGGAUUAAACGAUUCGGCCAUCCGUGAAAUUCUGUCCCCUCCGAAGGAUUCCCGUCCAGGUUUGGCGGACUCCAAGUCGCGCUUGCGUAACCUCAAAGUUCUGAAACUGGCCGGAACGGACAUCUCGGAUGUCGCUCUGCGUUACAUCACGCAGGGUCUACCGAGCCUAACCCAUUUGGAUCUGUCCUCCUGCCAGAGGAUAACCGAUGCGGGAAUCUUCCAAAUUGGUACUGCGCCGGCGUCGGUUAAGACCCUGGUAGAACUUGAUCUCAGCUGUUGCAAACUCAUCACGGAGACGUCCCUCGAUCACUUGAUCAAGUGUGACGCCCUGACGCGGCUCGAUCUGAGUCACGUGCCCCAGGUGACGACCCAGGCCGUGAUCAAGUUUGCUUCGACGUCCAAAAACGAUCUCCAGCUGCACGACAUCAAGUUGGUGGACAAGCGGAAAACGGCCCAGUAGAUGGGAUGAGUAAGGAACAUUGUUCUGAGAUAAUACGCUUCUUACCGCGCUCGCUGCCAUCUUUAGAAUUUAGUUGAGAGUUUAAUAGAAAAACCGGGGAAGAGCUGUAAGCUGGCUGGCAAUGCAUUUGAUCAUCUACCCACUAAGGCAAUUAUGAGACAAUUAAGUAUAGGGUGAUGAUCGUUGGUAGGAGGAGCCAAUGUACCGGAAACCUUGUGCUAGUGAUUUUCCUCACAAAUUUUUCUCUUGAUCACAAUAUUGUAGUAAUGUAGAUUUGAAACAAUUAAGGAUACACAAUUUACAACUUUUCGGGCAGAUCAGUGUGACCGCAGAAGAAUUAGAAACCUGCUGAAGAAUGAAGAGAUAAGUGUGUAUGUGUUUGUGCUUGAGUGUGUAUGUAACAUAGACUAGUUUUACUAUCCUUUUUUUGUAAGAACUUAAGGUUGAAGACAAUGGCGUGAGGUGAAUGUGUGACUGCUGGAAACUGCAUUUGAAAUAAACGCAAUUAAUGAGAGCCAUCCGAAAUGCAUAGUGAUUGUUAUUGCGAGCAUCCCGUUUCGCGUCAAUCUUUGGUUGUAUGUCUUCUAUUCGAUAACAAAUUUCCUCCUUUUCUCAACAGUUAGUCACACUUUCACUAACGUCUUCGUCGUAACACACAAACCUAUACCAAAGACUACGUUCUAAGUUUCAUGAUGAGUAACAAGUUUAAUUUUCCUGUUCCAAUAUUAGCGAUUUCUGUUCUGACUAGCCAUUACGAAGUAAAGCGUGUAAUGUUAAAGUAAAAGAUUUCCGUUUUUCUGCGAAAAACAUCCCUUAAAACAAGAAAGAUAGAUCAAGACGACUACGUAAAGGCUUUCAAAACACAAAGUUCGUACCGAUGCAUAUAAUACUAAGAGCGAAGCGGUGUUACUUAACAUGGAAGAUGAAUACAUUAUGCGGUCGAUCUACUGUUGGCCGUACUAACAGUUGCACAUCUAUUACGGAACGAAUCCUUCAAUGUCAAGUUCUUUUUGAAUAUUCUGCUCUAGUACGAUCGACCCUUGAAAUUUUUCGAGAAUUAUUCAUUCGUUUCGCCGGAGAUAUUAGCCAGUCCUGUUCCAAGUCUUCUUCUCCUCGAUUAGCUUAUUUUCAACAAAUGAUGUGUAGAAAAUCGAUCUAGAUACGUUAGUAUCAACAAUUGUGGUAGUGUUUGUCGUUUGUUCGUUGUGAUUGAUUGAUUUAAAGCAUAUGGUAAGAAUCCUUUUUGUACGCUUAGUUGCACACCGUCGUCCAAAAGGCAAGGAUUCAUCUCGAUUCUAUUGUGUAACCUAGUUGCUACGUUGUAUUUAGGAAAGGACGUGUAGCAAAAAAGCCUUAGAUUACGUUUACUUUUAACACCCACUGAUGAGCCAUUUUUACACAAACACUCAGUAAACCAAUAUAUUUCUUGUGACGAAUUUACCUUAACGACUUUCGAAUGUGUGUUACAGUAGUUCGCACCGUAUUGUGUCCGCGACCAUUUUCCGCGUGUUAUAUUUAGCGUAGACGAUAGGUAUCGAAUGCACACACACAAACACACAGCUAUUAUUGCAUGCAAACCAGAGCAGAAAACCUUAUUCCCAUAAGUAUAAGAUAGUACAGAUUAGAAAAAGAAGCAUAGUUUAGCGCCCCCUCCGAAUAGUUGAAGCAAACACACAAAUAUGAUGGAACUAAGCAUUAAUAGAUCUAGGGUCAGACGAGAAGGAGGUACCUUUCUGUUUAAGUAUAGUCUAUAGUAAGAAUACCAGUAGUGCAAGCAAGAGAAAGUUAAUCCCUGGAGACGCCCAAUCUAAUGUUUGUAAAUAAAUUGGAUGAAUAAUAA